ACAUUUCAAAACAAAAACAUGUUCAUCAUCUAAAAUUAGAUUAAUAUAAAAUAAUAAUCUGUUUUUUAAAUUUUAAUGUGGAUAUGUUUCAGUAAUUGCUAUUCUAAUUGACUGCAUCGAAAUGAGUGUUCAAUUAUAUUUGUUUGAUUGUGAGAAAGAGGUGAACAUUCCGGUAGCGUCCAGCGAAAUCGUUAUUGGAAGAGACUCAAUUUUGCAGUGUGACGACAAGCGCAUCUCUCGCCAGCACGGCAUUAUAAAGUACGACGGCAACAUGACCGAGCGAAUCAUUCACAUCACGUCUACACACGCGAACCCGAUUUUCCUGAGGACGGCCGACCAGGUGCUGAACAUUCUGACUAAAGAUUUGACCGCAACGUUGCGGCACGGGGAGAAGUUUGCCUUGUUACCCGACCAGUACUGGUUUGAGGUACGAUUCAAGGUCGCGGAAGCCGGAGAAGAACCGGUCAGCAGCAGUUCCGCGGAGAAUCCGGAAGAGGUGGUAACGUCGGCAGAGGAAGGAAUAACCGGCGGUGCCACGAUACGAGUUCGAACGAUGGAGGAGGUAAACAGUGAAGUGGCAAGUACCGAGGCACGGGUGCUUCCGGAUUGGAUGGCCACUGGUAGCGGAGGAGAGAAGAGGAAAAAUCUACACGACUCGGAGGAAGCUGACAGUUCGAAGAAAGUCAGGAGUGAAGAGAAACCAACCAUCAAAGAUGAUCCAGAUACCGAGGAAGCGAGUACCUCUCAAACGAAGCCGAUCCCAGAUGGAACGGUAACAGCAACGACGGAUGCGGUUAAGACUGAAAUUAAGAAGGAAACGCCAGACAGCACCAGUUCACCACCGUUGAGGCCGUCGUGUGAGUUCGGAAUCCGUUGCUACAGGCACACUGCCGAUCACAGGGCACAAUUCGCCCAUCCGAACGACAGCGACUAUCGAAGGCCUACGCAUCCUCCGGCGCCGCAAGAUGCCCCCCAUUGCCCGUAUGGGGCGUCCUGUUACCGGCGCAAUCCGAUGCAUUUCCGGGACUUUCAGCAUCCCGAUUCAUGUGAGUAUAGGCGAGCCACUGUCACGCCUGCAGCGACGAAUGCACAUAUUCCGGCCGGGGGCGGUGUUCAAACGUACCGUAUCAAUGGGCGCAGGGGUCGCCGUCGUUUGGCUCGCAACAUAAUAAUAGCGGCCAUAGCCAAUCCGAACCUGUUCGACGGGAGUGAGGAUGAGGAUGAUGAGGAUGAUCUUUUCGACUACGAAGACGAUUCCGAUGAGUAUCGCCCGGGUGGAGAUGUUGAUGACGUCGACGAUGACGACGAAGACGAAGACGACGACGAUGGAUUGGAGGUCUUGGACGAUGACAAUGAGGAAUAACUCAUGGGUUUAGUAAGCUGUGAGUGGGGAUGGGUCGGGGGAAUACACCAAGCGCCAUGUACCUUUGAAAUAAGAUAAAUUUUGUUUUUCGUCUACCUGUCGAUUAGCAUAA